AUGGCAUUGUUUUCGGAAGACUAUGAGAUUCCAGUGUCGAAUUUGACGAUGUGGUGGAUGGCUGAAGAGUUUGUACUAAAUGUAGACAAAGAGAAUAUGGAGGAAGCAUCUAGAAUGUGUUGGAAGGAUCUACUUAACAGAAGCCUAGUAAUGGUCUUUCAUUGGAGUUCUAAUGCUGACAUAAAAUACUGCAUCCUUCAUGAUGUAGUGCGGGAGUUUUGCUUGAGAAAACUUACUGAAGAAAAGUUUAUGCAACUCAUAGUGCCAUACAAUCCAUAUCAACAGUUGUAUUCCAAGGAACCACGGUUAAGCAUUUAUAUUCAUACUAAUCUUGUUAAACAAUUAGAUCAUUCUGGUUAUCAGUUGGAUAAGAUUCCAAUGCUUGAGUCCAACAAAACAGAGUUCUUUGGUGAAUGUCCCAUGUCGUCAUUGGAGUUCAUUGCUCAUCCAAGAUUCAACACAUGGAACAAAUCAAAUCCUUUACAUUUACUUGUUAAACUAAGACUUGUUCAGGUGUUGGUUGCAUUUUCCAUAUGCAAAGCUUCCAAGUUCUUGGCCUAG